GUCCGUCCGAUCGACUCUCAAUGACGCGUCCUGUGCCUGAUCGCCCCGACAGCUUCCACCUGAGGGUCCCACGAAACGCUCCCUUUCGUCACUUGCUCCCGCACGCGCAUCUAUCCCUCCCGUCGAUCCCCUUUCUCUCAGCCGCUCGCCUGCGCCAGCCAUGGCCCUCGCCGCCGCUUCCGAGGAGCUGCGCCGCCGCCAGUGUUCUAGUCUCUACCGGUGAAGCCCCGAAAUCAAGCGCCGCGCUCCGAAUUCAAGCAUUAGCAAGCUACCCCCAAAUCCCUUGCCGCACCAGCCGCUUCCGUCUCUCGCCUCCGGCUUCCCGUGGACGUAUCGGGCCUGGUGCUGCUCAUCCCCACCCCAUGAGGUUGAGCACUACCUCAUCGCGGAAGAAGUCCCACGGAUCUGGAGGUCUGGUGCUGGAGCGGUCCAAACCAGCAGCCCUAGUGCUGGCCUGCUGGGGACCUAUCCGACGACCCAAGCGACUCGUGUUACGUGUAGCUUGGUAGAAUCGAGGGUCCCCCGCAAAACUUUUAAGCUAAACAAGCUUUUAGCUAAGCCUCAAAUGUAUUAUAUAGACUAAGUUCACUACACUUUUUAUUUUAAGUUGCAGUAUGAUCCAUUACUGUGUUCCCUAACUGAUCAAAGUUGCCCAUACACUUUAAUUAAGUUUGCUUAGCUCUACUAGUUAAGUUGCUUAUUGAAAUAUGUUCAGUUGCUGACUAUCCAUGGAGUAUUUUUCGGAGGGGUAGUUUUUGAAUGUUCUGUUAUUAGUUUGUGUGUUUCCAGUCUGACCCAAGUUGUUUAUUCAAUUGUACUUAACUUACGUACUAGUGUACUACUACUCUUCAAUUAAAGUUGCUCAUAAACUUCAA